CAUGUAACUUCUUAGUGAAAUUCACAUCAUAAAAUGAAAGGUUAAGUUGUAGAUAAAACGAAAGCAUAAAAUUCUUUGAAUUCUCUAAACGCAUGUUUUUUAUAAAGAAAAAUAACUGAAAAAAUUUUUGUAAAAACUGACGAAGAAAUAAGCAAGUGAACAUGUUUAAGAACACUUUUCAAAGUGGAUUUUUAUCAAUUUUGUAUAGUAUUGGUAGCAAGCCAUUACAAAUUUGGGACAAAAAAGUAAGAAACGGGCACAUAAAACGAAUUACGGAUAAUGAUAUACAAAGUUUAGUACUGGAAAUAUUGGGUAGUAAUGUCAGUACUACAUAUAUAACAUGUCCAGCAGAUCCUAGAAAAACAUUAGGUAUAAAAUUACCAUUUCUAGUGAUGAUAAUUAAGAAUUUAAAAAAAUAUUUUACAUUUGAAGUUCAGGUAAUUGAUGACAAGAAUGUACGCCGUAGAUUUCGUGCUAGUAAUUAUCAAUCUACAACUAGAGUAAAGCCAUUUAUUUGUACAAUGCCAAUGAGAUUAGAUGAUGGAUGGAAUCAGAUUCAAUUUAAUUUAGCUGAUUUUACUAGACGUGCAUAUGGAACAAAUUAUGUGGAAACAUUAAGGGUUCAAAUCCAUGCAAACUGUAGAAUACGAAGAGUAUACUUUUCUGAUAGACUAUAUUCAGAAGAUGAAUUGCCAGCAGAAUUUAAAUUAUUUUUGCCAAUUCAGAAUAAGGCAAAAUGUUAAUGUUAGUUCUAAUUUUUUAACACUUUACAGAAAAAUGUUUAAGAAAAGACAAGAAUAAACUAUAAAUAUUUAUAAAUUAAUCAAUUUUGUGAUUUUCAUUUACAGUUAAUACUUAUUUAUUAAACAUGUACUUAGUAUAUUAACAAAUUACUAUAUAUAUGUUCUAUAUUAAUAGUUAAUAACAUUGUAAGAAUGAUAUAUAUUUCACUACAUAUAUUUUAUUUUUUACGCAUAUUUCUGUUAGAUAUUAUAAUGCAAAUUAUAUUAAAAAAUAAAGUUUAUUUAAAAAUUGACAUAAUUUAUGCAUAAAAAAUCUAUGUAUAAAAUUUAUAUCUAAUUAAUUACUUUAAUUGUAUUUUUCAUUUAAUAAAAAGUAUAAAUGAAUUGAUUAA